AUGACUAAAUUUUACAUAUGUAGUGAAUUUGGCUCGGACCAUAACGACGGUAGCGAAGAACGACCACUUGGAACCAUUUUCCAGGCUAUGGUUCUGUCAAAGAACACAGGAGAAUUUUUGGUUCGUAGUGUGAAAGAGGAUGGAACAAAGACCUGGGAACCUGCUUCAAAAGCAGCAAUCAAGAAGAAUUUGAAAAAGUAUGAGGCAGAGCUUAAGAAAGUAGAAAAAGCUCAACUACAGGUAAAGGAACAUCAAGCUUCAACACUAGCCGCAUUGGAGGAAGCGAAGAAGAUAACUUUAUCCAUCGACGAAACUUUACCAAACGCGAAAGUAGUAAAAAUUUCCGAAUGUGUGAAUUAUAGAGAACAGCGUGUUCGUGUGAAAGCGUGGGUACAUCGUUUGCGAAGACAAGGUCAGUAA